AUGGCUUCCAAAUUCUUCCCCGCCGUCCCUCGGGUCGGCCGCCAGUUCACUCGCCAGCUUCCCCGGCCUCAAUUCAGACCCUUCUCCGCCGCUCCGCAACGGUUCAGCGACGCUCUCCAAGUGCACCGCAACACCCCCGGAAACAACCCCUCCAUCCCCUUCAAGUUCUCCGAACAGAACAACCAGCUCAUCGAGGAAAUCAUCGCCCGCUACCCCCCUCAAUACAAGAAGGCCGCCGUCAUGCCCCUGCUGGACCUCGGCCAGCGCCAACACGGCUUCACCAGCAUCAGCGUCAUGAACGAAGUUGCCCGCAUCCUCGAGAUGCCCCCGAUGCGCGUCUACGAAGUCGCAACCUUCUACACAAUGUACAACCGUGACCCAGUCGGCAAAUACUUCGUCCAGCUCUGCACAACGACACCAUGCCAGCUCGGCGGCUGCGGAAGCGACAAGAUCGUCAAGGCCAUCACAGAACACCUCGGCAUCACGCCCGGCCACACAACCGAAGACGGCCUGUUCACAUUCAUCGAGGUCGAGUGCCUCGGCGCCUGCGUCAACGCCCCCAUGGUCCAGAUCAACGACGACUACUACGAGGAUCUGACCCCCGAGUCGAUCAAGCAGCUCCUCACCGCGCUCAAGGACUCCGCCGCCACUGCUUCCGGCCAGACCAAGAUUCCUGCCCCCGGUCCCAUGUCCGGCCGAGACACCUGCGAGAACAGCGCUGGCCUCACGAACCUGCAGAACCCCGUGUGGGACCCCGAGACCAUGAUGCGGAAGGACGGUGCCCUUGACGGGGAGGCGGCACAGGCGCAAUAA